AUAUUUUUAUUACAGUAAAAACUGAAAGCAAGUUAUAUAUAUAUAUAUAUGGAGGGCAAUAGGUUGUUGAGCUGAGAAGCAAAUUGAUAAUGGAGUCAUCACAGGAAAAAGAAAUGAGGUCUUCUUCUUGGCUUGUUUGCUGGUUUAACAAGUUCCGAGGUUUCCCGACCAAGUCUCCGCCGCCGGAGAAUGGAUGUCAUGAAACAAAAGCUGCAGCCCAGAAGCAGAGAAAGCCUGGAGGAUGGAAGGCCAUGCCAUUUAUAUUGGGGAAUGAAACACUUGAGAGGUUGGCUGGAAUAGGGCUGGUAGCAAACUUCAUGGUGUAUCUGCUGAGGGAGUUUCACAUGGAGCAAGUGGUGGCCUCAAAUGUGCUCAACAUAUGGUCUGGUUUCACAAAUUUCAGUCCCUUGAUUGGAGCCUUCAUUUCAGACUCUUUCUUGGGCAGAUUCUCUACUAUUGCUUAUGCUACCAUUGCUUCUUUCAUGGGGAUGCUGACAAUGACCCUCAUAGCAUGGCUUCCUCAGUUGCACCCUCCGCCAUGCAACGUACAAGCGAACCAAUGCAAGGGUCCAACGAAAUCCCAGUUCGGAAUUCUGGCCAUGGCCCUCGGCUUUCUGUCCAUCGGCUCCGGCGGCAUUAGGCCGUGCAGCAUCCCUUUCGGUGUCGAUCAAUUCGACGCGACGACCGAGGAAGGACGCAGAGGAAUCAACAGUUUCUUUAACUGGUACUACACCACAUUCACUGUGGUUUUGAUCAUUGCACUGACUUUGGUAGUUUACAUUCAAGAUUCGGUGAGUUGGGUGUGGGGCUUUGGCAUUCCCACAAUGCUCAUGUUGUGCUCGAUCCUGCUCUUUUUCCUCGGGACGAGAUUGUAUGUGUAUGUGAAGCCGGAGGGCAGUGUCUUCUCCGGCCUCUUGCAGGUGGUUGUCGCUGCUUACAAGAAACGGAAGGUUACGUUUCCCGAUGGAGACGACGUUGAGGGGGUGUAUUAUGAUCCCCCGCGGUUGAAGGGGACUAUUGUAAAGAAGCUAGCUCUAACAAAUCAAUUCAGGUUUUUGAACAAAGCUGCCUUAAUAAUGGAGGGUGAAGUUCUAGCAGAUGGGUCUAAGUCCAACCCCUGGAGGCUGUGCAGCAUCCAACAAGUUGAAGAGACCAAGUGUCUAUUCAGAAUCAUGCCGGUAUGGGCUUCCGGCAUCAUCUGUUUCACUGCAAUGUCACAGCAAGGCACAUUCACCGUCUCCCAAGCAUCGAAAAUGGACCGUCAUCUUGGCCGGAACUUCAAGAUCCCACCUGGAUCGCUCUCCGUUAUAUCCAUGAUCACAAUCGGUAUAUGGCUCCCGUUUUACGACCGAGUCCUCGUCCCAUCCCUUAGAAAAGUCACGAGGCUCGAAGGGGGCAUCAGCCUGCUCCAAAGAAUGGGAAUCGGCAUUGUUUUCUCCAUUCUGUCGAUGAUCGUUGCAGGACUAGUGGAGCCAAUGAGACGGGCAUCGGCCAUAAUGCACGCAGGAGAAGACGGCAUCGCGCCAUUGACCGUCUUUUGGCUAGCCCCGCAGCUAAUGCUGAUGGGGUUUGCAGAGGCAUUCAACAUUAUAGGACAGAUUGAGUUCUACAACAAGGAGUUCCCUGAGAACAUGAGCAGUGUGGCUAAUUCUUUGUUUUCUUGCACUAUGGCCGGGGCUAGUUACCUUAGCGCCAUGUUGGUGAACAUCGUGCACAAGACGACGGGCAGACACGGCCGUCCCGACUGGCUAACGAAAGACAUCAACGCUGGGAAAGUUGAAAAUCUGUAUUUUCUGAUUGCUGGAUUAGGUGUGUUGAACCUGGGAUACUUCUUGUGGGUGGCUCGUGGAUACCAAUACAAGAGUAAGUAUCGGAUUGAUGACGAUGAUAAGCAUGAUUUCGACGUUGAGCUUAAUAAUGUAGUUGAAAAAUGAAUUAAGUCAGUUCUUCUUUGAUCAUCCAAAUUAUGAAUAUAUGUAUAUGUGAUCAUCAUAAAUACACGAGUGAGUCUUAUAAAAGAUGUUUACUAUACUUGAGAA